AUGGCAUUCCCAUUGCCACCGAAGUUCAGAAUCCCCAUCAUAGAGAUGUACGAUGGGAAUAGGGACCCUCUCAAGUACCUGGAAACCUUCAAAGCUCACAUGAUGUUGCAUGGCUUCCCUGGGGAAAUCGCUUAUAGGGAGUUCCUGCUAACCUUGAAGGGGCCCGCACGUGCAUGGUUUGGGUCACUGGCACCUAAGUCAGUGGACAUCUUCGGCGGGCUAGCCAGACUGUUCCUAACCCAAUUCAUGUCCAAUCGGAGGAGGCGAUACUCGGCUGCAUACCUCCUCACUAUCAAACAAACGGAGGACGAGAGCCUGAAGUCCUACUUGACCCGGUUCAAUAAUGAGCGCAUGACCGCCGACGACCAAGACGAGAAGAUCACCUUGGCGGCACUUCUAGGAGGUGUUUGGCCCCUUUCCCAGUUUAUGGCAGAAAUAGCCAGGCGAACCCCCUCAAUGCUACAGGAAUUCAAGGACCAGGCCGACAACUUCAUUAAUGUGGAAGACACUCUCUGA